UGCUGCACUAUGGCUUGGUAGCACCUUGCAGCACAACAUGGGGAUUGGGACUCAGCUCUUGCUCCUGCUCUGGAAGAACAUCACUUACCGCAGGAGGAACAAGGUGGGAACUGAACUGGCAUGUGUUCAGUGGUGUAGCAGUAGUUGGCCCUGCAUCACGUUAACAGAUGAAACUAGGAUGUAAAGAGCCAACAUGUCUCUAUGUACCACUUGUCUUAUGUAUUCUAAUUCUGAUUCUAACGUUCCUAUUGAACAUGUCCCCUUUUUAUCUUUAAUGAAAUUGAUAUCCAUGAUGUAGCCUAACUAAUUAAUGAGGCCUUUUUUACCAUUAGGCUACAGGUGCAAUCUGUUGUCUUAAGACCCCUAACAUAAACUAACUUUAAGCAUCAGUUGUCAGAGCACCUUACCGAUCACUGCACCUGUACACAGCCCAUCUGAAAUUAGCCCACCCAACUACCUCAUCCCUAUAUUGUUAUUUAUUUUGCUCUUUUGCACCCCAGUAUCUCUAUUUGCACAUAAUCUCUUGCACAUCUAGCAUUCCAGUGUUAAUACUAAUUGUAAUUAUUUUGCACUAUAGCCUAUUUAUUGCCUUACCUCCAUAACUUGCUACAUUUGCACACACUGUAUAUAUAUUUUCUGUUGUAUUUUAUGACCUUAUGUUUUUUUUACCCCAUAUGUAACUCUGUUGUUGUUUUUAUCGCACUGCUUUGCUUUAUCUUGGCCAGGUCGCAGUUGUAAAUGAGAACUUGUUCUCAACUGGCUUACCUGGUUAAAUAAAGGUUAAAUAAAAUAAAAUAAAUAAAAAAUAAAAGGCAGGCAUCAAAUGCAACGGUAGCUACUAGCCACUAUUAGCCUAAUGUGUGUGAGGAUGAUGAUGUAAUCCCUCCCUCCCUACAGAUCCAGUUGAUUAUCGAGCUGGUCUGGCCUCUGUUCCUGUUCCUCAUCCUCAUCUCAGUGCGUCACUCUCAUCCUCCCUACAAACAGAGCCAAUGUGAGUGCCCAUCAGUCCGUCUACUCUUGUGUUGACAGUGCUGCUCUAGUGUAAACUGCCUACCAGCUCGCUGUGACACACAGGUUAAACGCUCCCUCCCCGCCCCUGAAAUUUCCAGCCAACCACAUAAGAUGAUUAGCUAGGUGAGAGUGAUUCUGGGUGCCGCCAGACUUUUUCCAACCUGUUCUGCUCUUGAUAGACGUCUUGCUUAUUUAAAGACUCUUGUCAUGCAGUGGGGUCAAUCUCGCAGUCAUAACGUUGUAUGUAUUUUAGCUCAAUCUCAGUGUUUACAUUUGUCCAUGGUUCAGGUCAUGACUGGUUGCCUCCCACAUUAAUCCUAUCAGUCCCGAGACCCCAGCAAAAACAGGCUUUUAUCUGACUUUCAUUUAUCUGCAUGUCCAGCCCUUAUAUUUAGCCUCACAAUGAAGUGGUGUACCCUUUUCUUUUCAGGACAACCAGGGCUACAAGUAGAAUACAAAACAAUUUGACAAACAGUUGCAUUCACGCUCUUUAUUGACAAAUGUCAAUAGACAUAAGGUUUGCCAAAGCAAAAACCUGAUAAAAAUGAAUGUAUAUGAAUGCUGUAAGUACAGAAAUAGUUUGCUCAGUGGGAAAUGAAUAUCCAACUAGUCAGUGACAACUGUGUGGAGUUUGUGACAGCAACUAUGUGAGCUUGUGAUCGUCAAUGUUUAAAAGGGGUAAGAAGGUGGGACUCAUUGGGAUAACAAUGUUCCGACAGACAUCUCAGAGACUAGGCCAAUCCUACUGUGUGUGAUUAUUACACACAUCAAAAUAUAGCACAGGAACUGGGCAACAGUUCAACAGUGUUUUGCAUGUCUCAGGUCAAUCCCACAGCUAACACGUUUGUGUGUGUGUAUAAUUCCAGGUCAUUUCCCCAACAAGGCACUUCCCUCAGCAGGCACCCUGCCAUGGGUUCAGGGGAUCAUCUGCAACAUCAACAACCCCUGCUUCCACAGCCCCACUCAGGGGGAGACCCCAGGGCGGGUGGGCAACUUUGACAACUCCAUGUGGGUAUACUGCAGUGUAUUUGUGUGUGGCCAAAGUACUUAAUUGGUGGCUGUUGAACAUCAGGGAUUUGGGCAAGUUCUGUUUCAAUGUGUUCUGAUAAAGUGGUCUCAGUCAAAUUAUGUGAUAAAAUUAAAGUAAAUGAUUUAGGGCAUAAAUUGGAAUCAGAACAUUUCAAAAUGUUUAUUUUUUACAAAUAUAUAUAUAUAUUUUUUUUAUUUUAACUGAAUUGGAGUUGACAUCUAACCCUACUGCAUGCCACUGAGUUGUUUGAUAUUAAGCUUUAAUUGUAUAACAAUCAAAUCCAUAAAACUGUUUUAUCUCUGACCCCAAGUGUUUUUUUUUCUCCUGCAGACUCUCUCGACUCUUAGUGGACUCCCAGACAAUCUUGUCCUACAGUGGUAACCAGACAGCCUUCUCUGGCUUUCAGGACCUUCUAGAUACUAUACGGAGACUUGGAGAGAGGCCAGGCGCCUGGCCAAGUAUGUGGCUGUCUAUUCAACAUAUUUCCCUAGAUGGUUGUUGUAUAGUUGAGUUUGGUAUGUCCAGUUACUUGUUUACAUUGUAUAUUUAAUCCAAAGAAAAGUCAAAAGACUAAAUCAACCUGUACUUAGGUAUGGCUUGGGAUGAUAUAUGUGUACUUGAGACGGUGAAUAUGGAUCAGAGUAUUCCAGUCCGCAAAUCCUCUGUGGAUUGUCUCAAACAGGCGCAAACAAUGAAAAGUGUCUGUCUGUCCGUGCUGUUUGUUGUCCAGUUAUGUCCUGAUUCAUGUUUUUUGUUUACGUUACAGAUCUUCCUGUGGGAGAAUACCUGCGAGCCAAUCAGACCUUCUCCAACUUUCUCUUGACCAAUGGCAGCCUGUCUCCCUCUGCCCUAGACCAGCUGUUUAGGGCUCGCCUGAACUUUCAGGUGGUAAGCACUGCAGUAAACCCCUCCAUGACACCACCGUCAACCACUGUAACACAUAUUGACUCCCAGUCAGGCUAAAAGUAGCUCAUGAGUUCAACCAACAUAGUAUAUGCACAGUAAAAACCCCAAUUGAAUCAGCGGUGAACAUAAACCUGAUUAUUUACAUGCCUACAACUCAUAAUUCAUACCACUUACAUUAUUUAGCAGACACUCUUAUUCAGAGCGACUUACAGUAGUGAGUGCAUACAAUUUCAUAAUGGUCCCUCGUAGAAAUCGAACCUACAACCCUGACGUUGCAAGCGCCAUGCUCUACCAACUGAGCCACACGGGAACACUUGUUUUACAUCUUCUGUGUCUUUGGGUAUCUUCUUGACCACAUGUAUCUCUCUGUAGGUGUCUCUGGCAGGCACUGGAGUGAUGCUGAAGGACAUUGUGUGCAAUUCCACUGUGCUGAGCCAGUUCCUCACUGUAGAUCAAGAGGAUUCUAUGGCGGAGCUGCAGAGCCAGCUCUGUGCCAUCCCAGCCGACUCCCUGCAGCAAGCAGAGCAGCUCUUCCUCUCCCAGCUGGACUUCAGCAAGUUCUUCACGGUCAGUUGAGGUCGCACACUCUCUGUCAGUGGCUGUUCAUGUUGUUGUGAAAGGAAAAUUAUAUUGCUGUUUUCCUAUCGAAGUGCAUGUAAAUAAACUUGAUAUACAAAAAUAUUUGGCCACUCUUGGAGGAAAAUGUAAGUUUAUAUGCUAUAACAAUGGGUCACAUAGUAUGUCUGCUAGCUCUUUUAUAGUUUAAUUCUACUUGACAACAGGUGCUUAUUGUUGUCUUCCAAGAAUCAACUACUGUACUGUAUGCAUGAAGUUAAUGAAUCAACUACUGUACUGUAUGCAUGAAGUUAAUGAAUCAACUACUGUGUCAUGUUCUUAGCUGUGAACAAGCUAAGAACAUCUGUCUUUCAUCCACUGUACAAAAUACUCUUUAGUUACAGGGACUACAUUAAAGCUCUAAAUAUGCACUCAAUUCACAUUAGGAGUGGAAAAGAAUAGUCUGGUCUACAGUGAGGGAAAAAAGUAUUUGAUCCCCUGCUGAUUUUGUACAUUUGCCCACUGACAAAGAAAUGAUCAGUCUAUAAUUUUAAUGGUAUGUUUAUUUGAACAGUGAGAGACAGAAUAACAACAAAAAAAUCCAGAAAAACGCAUGUCAAAAAUGUUAUAAAUUGAUUUGCAUUUUAAUGAGGGAAAUAAGUAUUUGACCCCCUCUCAAUCAGAAAGAUUUCUGGCUCCCAGGUGUCUUUUAUACAGGUAAAGAGCUGAGAGUGCUCCUAAUCUCAGCUUGUUACCUGUAUAAAAGACACCUGUCCACAGAAGCAAUCAAUCAAUCAGAUUCCAAACUCUCCACCAUGGCCAAGACCAAAGAGCUCUCCAAGGAUGUCAGGGACAAGAUUGUAGACCUACACAAGGCUGGAAUGGGCUACAAGAACAUCGCCAAGCAGCUUGGUGAGAAGGUGACAACAGUUGGUGCGAUUAUUCGUAAAUGGAAGAAACACAAAAUAACUGUCAAUCUCCCUCGGCCUGGGGCUCCAUGCAAGAUCUCACCUCGUGGAGUUGCAAUGAUCAUGAGAACGGUGAGGAAUCAGCCCAGAACUACACGGGAGGAUCUUGUCAAUGAUCUCAAGGCAGCUGGGACCAUGGUCACCCAGAAAACAAUUGGUAACACACUACGCCGUGAAGGACUGAAAUCCUGCAGCGCCCGCAAGGUCCCCCUGCUCAAGAAAGCACAUAUGCAGGACCGUCUGAAGUUUGCCAAUGAACAUCUGAAUGAUUCAGAGGAGAACUGUGUGAAAGUGUUGUGGUCAGAUGAGACCAAAAUCGAGCUCUUUGGCAUCAAAUCAACUCGCCGUGUUUGGAGGAGGAGGAAUACUGCCUAUGACCCCAAAAACACCAUCCGCACCGUCAAACAUGGAGGUGGAAACAUUAUGCUUUGGGGGUGUUUUUCUGCUAAGGGGACAGGACAACUUCACCGCAUCAAAGGGACGAUGGACGGGGCCAUGUACCGUCAAAUCUUGGGUGAGAACCUCCUUCCCUCAGCCAGGGCAUUGAAAAUGGGUCGUGGAUGGGUAUUCCAGCAUGACAAUGAUCCAAAACACCCGGCCAAGGCAACAAAGGAGUGGCUCAAGAAGAAGCACAUUAAGGUCCUGGAGUGGCCUAGCCAGUCUCCAGACCUUAAUCCCAUAGAAAAUCUGUGGAGGGAGCUGAAGGUUCGAGUUGCCAAACGUCAGCCUCGAAACCUUAAUGACUUGGAGAAGAUCCGCAAAGAGGAGAGGGACAAAAUCCCUCCUGAGAUGUGUGCAAACCUGGUGGCCAACUACAAUAAACGUCUGACCUCUGUGAUUGCCAAAAAGGGUUUUAUCGCCAAGUACUAAGUCAUGUUUUGCAGAGGGGUCAAAUACUUAUUUCCCUCAUUAAAAUGCAAAUCAAUGUCUAAAAAAAUUUACAUGCGUUUUUCUGGAUUUUUUUGUUGUUAUUCUGUCUCUCACUGUUCAAAUAAACCUACCAUUAAAAUUAUAGACUGAUCAUGUCUUUGUCAGUGGGCAAAUGUACAAAAUCAGCAGGGGAUCAAAUACUUUUUUCCCUCACUGCAUAUAGUCCACUGAAUUCUGUAAGAAAUUGCUUGUUCAGUUUGGCCAUUUACUUUUGGAUUAUAUUAUUAUUGAUUUAUUUUGGCUGCUGUGAUGGAAUGAGCAGACCCUCUGCAAUUAUGUGGCUUUAUUUAGAAAUGUUUAGGAGAGCUCAAAAUUAAUUUGUAUUGGGGAACACAACUGUUUGAAGGCUUUUAGAAAGCUCAUUUACCAUAGCAUUUGUGCUAAUGUAGCAUCCUACUCUUAACACUAACAUAGAAUAUCAUUGCACCCAAUAGAAUCUCCAAUCUUCAGAGUCUCUAGAUGGAAGUAAUGGACAACAGAUCAAAGCUAAAUCCCAAGGUUAAUCCUGGCUCUCCUUUCCUCCCUCAGAGAGACAGACUGAGGGCCAACGCCGGUGACCUCCGGGUCAUCAGUCAAGCGGUCACCUCCGUGUCCAAGGAGUUGGCAGUACUCAUGGAUGACGUAAGAACACCCUCUUCUAUUCUUUCUUUGACAUUGAUUUACUGUUGACUGUUUACUUAUGUUGCCAUCCUGUCUACCAUCUGUUGUAUGAGUUGUUCUCAAUAUUACAUUCCGUUUUUUCCUCACCUACUGCGGUGUGAUGCAAUAAGUUAUAUCUCUUAGGUAAAUGAGAAUUAGCCAUUUCUAUAGUUAGCCGUUCAAGCUUGAAUACCUGACUUGAUAGCUUUGUGACACUGCCUAAAAUACAUUCUCACUCAGUAGUAGCAAAACAAUGCUUCACAUCCGCCUGCAGGAAAGUCAAUUCAUGUUGCAUCUCCCCCCUCUUUCUUCUCUCUCCACUUACUUUUUCCUCUCUCUUUUCUCUCUUACUCCCUCCUCUUUUUUCUCGCUAGCUGUCCUCUCUCUCCAGCUUUAGGGAGUUGAACUCGGAGCUGCGUCUGCUCUCGCCAGAGAACCGCUCGGCCCUGCCGCGGGAGAGCUUCAGGGCCUUCUCCAGGAUUAUGUGUGGCCACCCUGAGGUGGGCGGCGAGAGGAUCCCUUCACUCAACUGGUACGAGGACAACGACAUCAAGUCCUUUCUGGGCAAGAACGGCACCGAGGACAACAACAUGGACAAGGACAACGUCACCAGUGAGAGAGAGAGAGACUUCAAAGUUCACUAGAUAUCUAUAGGGUUUCUGUGUGGUAGCAUUAGCUAAUACUAAUUAAAAGCAAGACUAGCAUACCUGUAGAUAAUCUUGGAUGAAAGGGGAUUUGAUAAUUAGAUUGACGUGUGUUUACCUCUUUUUGGGUGGUAGAUGAAUUGACGUAUGUUCAAAAGGUGUAUUGUUUACAAUAAGUGGUGAGCUGAUGAGCCAACAACCUACCUACCAUGGGUGUUGUGUUGUGUCAUGAAAAAAUGUAUGCACUCACUAACUGUAAGUCGCUCUGGAUAAGAGCGUCUGCUAAAUGACUAAAAAUGUAAAUGUAAAUGACAAAAAUGUAAAUGUAAAUGUUUCUCCCAGCCCCGUACUGUAAAAGCUUGAUCCAGAGCCUGGAGUCCAACCCACUGUCUCGCAUCGUGUGGCGAGGGAUCAAGCCCCUGUUCAUUGGCAAGCUGCUGUACACACCAGACACCCCUGCCGUACACGACGUCAUGAAAGAGGUACAUCAAGCCUCUGUUGUCUUUUCACACUCAUUCCAUUCGCUCUGUAUUUCUUGGUGUUGUAAAAAAAAAUAUCUCUAUGCUUGUAACUAUUUUAUUUUUUAUUUUUUUAUGAAGUUCUGUUUAUUUAUUUUUUCUUCUAUGAUCCUCUGUCUUCACCUGUAGGUGAACAAGACCUUCCAGGACCUGCAGAUCCUACAGGAGCUGAAUGGUGCCUGGAUGGAGGUGGGACCUGGUAUCAAGACCUACAUGGAGAGUAGUGUGGAGAUACAGCUGCUGCAGGUACUGCACACAUUAAAUAUGCCAACAAACCUGGAACGGUCUUGAUUAAGAAAACGUCACCGCGGAUACUGUGUGGCAGUAGCUAUGACGUAGCAACCAAAGUGCAUGUUCACUAUUACUAUUGUGUAUUGUGUUUAUGAAGAGCCUACUGUAUACGUUGCUUAAGUGCCAAGUAGUCCAUACCAUAGGAGCCAGCCAGCCAGGACAUCUAGGAAUUAGAGCCUCCCUGGUGAGAGUGGUACUAUUUCUAGUCUGGCCUUUGAAAUCCUCCUCAUUUGGCAGCUUUGGCCAACCGUGUCACUUCCUCUGUGUGGCAGGAUCUACUGAGGCGGCCAGAGGUAGCCGUGUUGGUCAACCUGCAGCUGGAGGACACUUCCUGGACGGCCAAGCGCAUUGCCCGCUUCCUGUCCACGCCCAACGAACCCAGGAAAGAAGGAGCGCCCCCUACCUGGCUGGAUGUGUACACUGACCUGAACAACACCAUCACCACCCUGGCUCAAGUCACCCAAGUAGCUACCCCUCCUCCUACUCACCCAUCUAUGCUGUGUAUUGUAGAUCAGUGGUCACCAACCCUGGUUCUGAAGAGCUUGUCAAGACCUUGAUUAGUGUAACGUUUACUUAACCGUUAAUUCGUCUAAUUAGUUUAGUUGUUCUACCACUGAAUUAGAAGUUGUCAUUGGCAUUGUGUCUAUGUGAGUUAGCUUCACUAGUCUACAGUUGUGGUUUCAGCCAUUGUGUAUGUACUUAUUACAGCGUGUAUAACUUCACCCAUUCCCUCACAUUGAGUUACAUUAUGUUUAUCUUGUACAUUGUUUUGUACUGUAACAUUACUCAUGUCCUUGUUAUCCUUCAGUGUUUCUCCCUGAACAAGCUGGAGGGUGCUGCCACAGAGGGCCAGAUGAUUGACAGGGCCUUGGAGCUGCUGGGGGAGAGAGAGUUCUGGGCUGGGAUAGUGUUCCUCCUGCCCAACACCACCUCACCCGAUCUGCCCCCUCACGUCACAUACAAGAUCCGUAUGGACAUCGACGAUGUCGCACGCACCAACAAGAUCAAGGACAGGUAAACUCACUCAGUGGAACGUUUGAUAUGAACAAUGCUAUUGGUUGCAUUUUGGGUCAUCGGGUCAAAGGUUACUAUUGAUCCAAUGACCCAACAUUUUACGGUUGAUCCAAGUCUAUGAUGAUUUUAAAAGUUUUUACCCAACUUAAAGCCCACUUCUGUUGAGUUGCUGAUACAAAGAAUCAGGGCUGGUAACCCUGGCUAGCUCUGUUGCCCCCUGCCUAAAAUUGUCUUAUCGUAAUGUUAUGGGUACAUUUUCCCCUGAUAGACUUCCACUAUUGCUUUAGAUGCAACCAUGGUGCUGCUGCAUGACAAUACCUGUUGCCAAUAUAAUGUUCCAUAAAUGUUAAUGGGAAUGUUUCCCCCCCAGGUUCUGGGACCCAGGCCCAGCAGCGGACCCCUUCAGUGACAUGCGCUACAUCUGGGGGGGCUUUGUGUACGUACAGGACCUGGUGGAGAGAGCUGUGGCCCGCGUGCUGAGUGGUGUGGAGCAGACCACUGGCCUCUACAUCCAGCAGAUGCCCUACCCCUGCUACGUGGAUGACGUGUGAGUAGGACUUUAAUGUUAUGUUUAAAAGAGCAUUGAAGUCACAUUUGGGUAGGAUCUCUUGUCAAAUUCAGUCUAUUGUGAAAUAAACAGGAUUUGAAAACCUCCUCAACCUCCUCAACUUUUUUCCCCACCCAUCCUCCUCUCUCUCAACUUUACCUUUUAUUCAUGCUCUAUGAAACGGUUUCACAUACUAUCUAUUACCCACCCAUAUUACCUCAUACCUGUCUUCCCUUACCUUCUCUUUUCUUCUAUCUUGUCUUCUCUCCCUCCUCCAGUUUCCUACGUGUGCUGAACCGCUCGCUGCCCCUGUUCAUGACGCUGGCGUGGAUCUACUCGGUGGCCAUGAUCAUCAAGGGCGUGGUGUACGAGAAGGAGGCGCGGCUCAAGGAGACCAUGAGGAUCAUGGGGCUUGGUACAGGCCAGCUGUGGGUCAGCUGGUUCAUCAGCAGCCUGGUGCCCUUCCUGGUCAGCGCCGGCCUCCUCAUUGCUCUGCUCAAGGCAUGUGGUCUAAUAGCCUUGUGUUGAUUAUUUAGUCACUUGUUUAUUUUGCCCGGGACCAUGCACAGCUUGUUUUUUGCUUCAGAGGCUAUCAAGCCAAUUAUCAAGCCAUUUUGUAUCUGCAGUCUUUUGGCAGGACUGAAAAGUAUUCACAUCACAGCUAUGCAGUUGUCCUAGAAUCUUGCCCUGGAUUAAUGACUGUGUUCUUUACAGCACUCUGUAUAGUUUUAAGGCAUUGCAGUAGGGAUACUGUUUGUUCUCUUCCUCCAGUGGGGGGACAUCCUGCCCUACAGCAACCCGACUGUGGUGUUCUUCUUCCUGACGGCUUUCGCUACGGCCACCAUCAUGCAGUGUUUCCUCAUCAGCACCUUCUUCUCCCGGGCCAACCUGGCGGCCGCCUGCGGAGGCCUCAUCUACUUCGCCCUCUACCUGCCCUACGUGCUGUGUGUGGCCUGGAGAGACCACCUCACCACCACACACCGUGUCCUAGCCGUGAGUCCUCAUAAUACACAUUCUCACCACCACACACCGUGUCCUAGCCGUGAGUCCUCAUAAUACACAUUCUCACCACCACACACUGUGUCCUAGCCGUGAGUCCUCAUGAUACACAUUCUCUUUGUUGUGUUUUGUUGAGGUUUCCGUGAGUCGUUUUUUGUUGAUAAGGAAGAAUGAUUAUGGUACUGUAUUUAACCCAUUACUUGCUGCUGAUAGGUUGCUCUUUUGAAUGAGGUUUGGAAUCUCAAUGGUGUCACCUGUAUAAAUAUAUGAAAUUAACCCAUCCAAUCUGGUAGUACUACAAAUUCUCAUCUCUCUCCCCACAGAGCCUGUUUUCCCCUGUGGCCUUUGGCUUUGGCUGUGAGUAUUUCUCCCAGUACGAGGAGCAAGGAGUGGGCAUCCAGUGGUUCAACCUGCAUUCCAGCCCCAUGGAGGGAGACACCUACAGUUUCACCACGUCCAUAAUCAUGCUGCAUAUCGAUGCAUGUAUCUACGCUCUGGCCACCUGGUACAUUGAAGCUGUUUUCCCAGGUAAGGAAAUUAAUUGUUGAACAUUUCUUUUAUUGAUAACUGCUCUAUGGUUUCAUGCCAUUUUGUAUAAAAGUGCAUAUUAAAAUACAUAUUAUAAUGAACGUGUAACUGCAUUGCCAGUGCACCUUUGCAGAAAAUGGCACUUUGACAAACUAAAACUGCACUUAUUGUGAUGAGGUGGUGUUGAAGGAGUAAGGCGCAGGAGGGUAAAUCACAGAAUAACAGGCUUUAAUCCGCAAAAUACAGGUUUACGCAGAAAUGCAUCAAACACACUCCAGGGCACAAAACAGGCGCACUGGAAAAUACUCCCGUCGAUACAAAAUACACGAGCUCCACCGAGCUUCACUAACCUCCACAAUAAACAAUCACCCACACAGACAAGGAAGCAGAGGGAACACUUAUACAAUGACUAAUGAGGGAAUAAGGACCAGGUGUGUGUGAUUGAAGACAAGACAAAUGGAUUGAUGAUAAAUGGAUCGGCAGUAGCUAGUAAGUCGGUGAUGCCGAACGCCGAAACCUGCCCGAACAAGGAGGGGAGGCAGCCUCGGCGGAAGUCGCGACAGUACCCCCCCCUUGACGCGCGGCUCCACCAGCGCGCCAACCCCGGCCUCGGGGAUGGCCAGGAGGACGCGGAGCAGGGCAAGCCGGAAUGCGACGGUGGAAAUACCGUAACAUGGAGGGAUCGAGGAUAUCCCUCACCGGGACCCAGCACCGUUCCUCCGGACUGUACCCCUCCCACUCCACGAGGUACUGAAGUCCCCCCCACCCGACGCCUCGAAUCCAGGAUAGAACGGACAGAGUACGCCGGGGCCCCCUCGAUGUUCAGAGGAGUUGGAGGGACCUCCCGCACCUCAGACUCCUGGAGUGGACCAGCUACCACCGGCCUGAGGAGAGACACGUGAAACGAGGGGUUAAUACGGUAAUCAGGGGGAAGUAAUAACCUAUAAGUGACCUUGUUGACUCUCCUCAGGACUUUGAACGGUCCCACAAACCGCGGGCUCAGCUUCCGGCAGGGCAGGCGGAGGGGCAGAUUCCGGGUCGAGAGCCAGACCCGAUCCCCCGGUACAAAGACGGGGGCCUCACUGCGGUGGCGGUCAGCGUUGGCCUUCUGACGGCGCGUUGGAGGUGAACAUGGGCAGCAUCCCACGUCUCCUCCGCGCGCCGAAACCAGUCAUCCACCGCAGGAGCCUCGGUCUGGCUCUGGUGCCAUGGUGCCAGAACCGGUUGGUAACCUAGAACACACUGGAAAGGCGUUAGGUUAGUGGAGGAGUGGCGGAGAGAGUUCUGGGCAUAUUCUGCCCAUGGCAAGAACACCGACCACUCCCCCGGCUGGUCCUGGCAGUAGGACCGCAGGAACCUACCCACGUCCUGAUUUUCCCGUUCCACCUGCCCAUUACUCUCAGGGUGGAACCCAGAGGUCAGGCUGACCGAGACCCCCAGACGUUCCAUGAACGCCUUCCAGACCUUGGACGUGAACUGGGGACCUUGGUCAGACACUAUAUCUUCUUGUACCCCGUAGUGCCGGAAGACGUGUGUAAACAGGGCCUCCGCAGUUUGCAGAGCUGUGGGGAGACCGGGCAGAGGAAGGUGGCGGCAGGCUUUAGAAAAGCGGUCCACAUGACCAGGAUGGUGGUGUUACCUUGGGAGAGGGGAAGAUCAGUCAGAAAAUCAACACUUAGGUGAGACCAUGGUCGUUGUGGAACUGGUAAAGGUUGUAACUUACCAGCUGGGAGGUGCCUAGGUGCCUUACUCUGGGCGCACACCGAGCAGGAGGAGACUUACACCCUCACGUCCUUAGCCAAGGUAGGCCACCAGUAUUUUCCGGUCAGGCAACGCACUGUACGGCCGAUAUCUGGGUGACCAGAGGAGGGUGACGUGUGUGUGCCCAGUAGAUCAGACGAUCACGGAUAAGAGCAGGCACGUACUGUAGCCCAUCUGGACACUGAGGUGGAGAGGGAUCCGUGCGUAAUUCCUGCUCUAUAUCCGCGUCCAUCGCCCAUAUUACCGCCGCCACAAUGCAGGAGGCCGGCAGUAUGAGGGUGUUGUCGCUGGGCCUCUCCUCUGUGUCAUACAGCCGGGACAGUGUGUCUGCCUUCACGUUCUUUGUACCCGGGAUGUAUGAUAGAGUGAAGUCAAACCGGGUGAAGAAUAGGGCCCACCUGGCCUGGCGAGGAUUCAGCCUCCUCGCAGCCCGGAUGUACUCCAGGUUAUGGUGGUCCGUCCAGACGAGAAAAGGGUGUUUUACCCCCUCGAGCCAAUGCCUCCACGCGGUCAAGGCUCGGACAACAGCCAACAGCUCCCGUUCACCAACGCCGUAGUUCUGCUCCGCCGGGCUGAGCUUCUUAGAGAAGAACACACAGGGGUGGAGCUUGGGUGGCGUACCCGAGCGUUGAGACAGGACAGCUCCUAUCCCAACCUCGGACGCAUCCACCUCCACUACGAACGGUAGUGAUGAAUCGGGGUGGGCCAGUACCGUGGCUGAGGUGAACAGACCCCGCAGUUUGCUGAAGGCCAGGUCAGCCUCAGCAGACCAGCGGAGCCCGGACGGCCCACCCUUCAACAGGGAUGCAAUGGAAGCUGCGACCUUGCCAAAGCCCCGGAUAAACCUGCGAUAGUAGUUGGCAAAGCCAAGGAAGCGCUGCACCUCCUUAACCGUGGUUGGAGUCGGCCAAUUACGCACGGCUGAAAUGCGAUCUCCCUCCAUCCCCACACCUGAGGUGGAAAUGCGGUAUCCAAGGAAGGAGACAGACUGCUGGAAAAACAUACACUUCUCUUCCUUAGCAUAAAGGUCAUUUUCCAACAGUCGGGCCAGCACCUUGCGAACCAGGGACAUAUGCUCGGCGCGCGUAGUGGAAUACACCAGGAAGUCAUCGAUGUAGACCACUACACCGCGACCAAGCAUGUCCCGGAACACCUCGUUCACAAAGGACUGGAAAACUGAGGGAACAUUCAUCAAACCAUAGGGCAUCACCAGGUUAUUCAUAAUGCCCCGUGGUUGUGCUGAAUGCUGUCUUCCACUCAUCUCCCUCUCGGAUACGCACCAGGUUGUAGGCAUUCCUGAGAUCUAAUUUGGUGAAGAAGCGCGCCCCAUGCAUUGAUUCAAUCACUGAAGGAAUGAGGGGGAGAGGAUAACUAAAUCUUAUCGUCUCCCUGUUCAGUGGUCGAUAUUCAAUGCACGGGCGCAGACCUCCGUCCUUCUUCUUCACAAAGAAGAAACUCGAGGAGGCAGGUGAAGUGGAGGGACGUACUGUGGGGAGAACAAGUAUUUGAUACACUGCCGAUUUUGCAGGUUUUCCUACUUACAAAGCAUGUAGAGGUCUAUAAUUUUUAUCAUAGGUACACUUCAACUGUGAGAGACAGAAUCUAAAACAACAGUCCAGAAAAUCACAUUAUAUUAUUUUUAAGUAAUUAAUUUGCAUUUUAUUGCAUGACAUAAGUAUUUGAUCACCUACCAACCAGUAAGAUUUCCGGCUCUCACAGACCUGUUAGCUUUUCUUUAAGAAACCCUCCUGUUCUCCACUCAUUACCUGUAUUAACUGCACCUGUUUGAACUCGUUACCUGUAUAAAAGACACCUGUCCACACACUCAAUCAAACAGACUCCAACCUCUCCACAAUGGCCAAUACCAGAGAGCUGUGUAAGGACAUCAGGGAUAAAAUUGUAGACCUGCACAAGGCUGGGAUGGGCUACAGGACAAUAGGCAAGCAGCUUGGUGAGAAGGCAACAACUGUUGGCGCAAUUAUUAGAAAAUGGAAGAAGUUCAAGAUGACGGUCAAUCACCCUCGGUCUGGGGCUCUAUGCAAGAUCUCACCUCGUGGGGCAUCAAUGAUCAUGAGGAAGGUGAGGGAUCAGCCCAGAACUACACAGCAGGACCUGGUCAAUGACCUGAAGAGAGCUGGGACCACAGUCUCAAAGAAAACCAUUAGUAACACACUACGCCGUCAUGGAUUAAAAUCCUGCAGCGCACGCAAGGUCCCCCUGCUCAAGCCAGCGCAUGUCCAGGCCCGUCUGAAGUUUGCCAAUGACCAUCUGGAUGAUCCAGAGGAGGAAUGGGAGUAGGUAAUGUGGUCUGAUGAGACAAAAAUAGAGUUUUUUGGUCUAAACUCCAUUCGCCGUGUUUGGAGGAAGAAGGAUGAGUACAACCCCAAGAACACCAUCCUAACCGUGAAGCAUGGAGGUGGAAACAUCAUUCUUUGGGGAUGCUUUUCUGCAAAGGGGACAGGACGACUGCACCGUAUUGAGGGGAGGAUGGAUGGGGCCAUGUAUCGCGAUAUCUUGGCCAACAACCUCCUUCCCUCAGUAAGAGCAUUGAAGAUGGGUCGUGGCUGGGUCUUCCAGCAUGACAAUGACCCGAAACACACAGCCAGGGCAACUAAGGAGUGGCUCCGUAAGAAGCAUCUCAAGGUCCUGGAGUGGCCUAGCCAGUCUCCAGACCUGAACCCAAUAGAAAAUCUUUGUAGGGAGCUGAAAGUCCGUAUUGCCCAGCAACAGCCCCGAAACCUGAAGGAUCUGGAAAAGGUCUGUAUGGAGGAUUGGGCCAAAAUCCCUGCUGCAGUGUGUGCAAACCUGGUCAAGACCUACAGGAAACGUAUGAUCUCUGUAAUUGUAAACAAAGGUUUCUGUACCAAAUAUUAUGUUCUGCUUUUCUGAUGUAUCAAAUACUUAUGUCAUGCAAUAAAAUGCAAAUUAAUUACUGUAUAUUACCCCUGGCGCAGGGACUCGUGACAUAUGUUUCCAUAGCCACUGUUUCAGUCUGUGACAGGGGGUAUAUAUGACUCCUGGGAGGUACAGCGUCUAACCGGAGGUUUAUCGCGCAAUUCAGUCGCCUGCGUGACAGGGGUAGGGGAUAUAGACGCUGGACCUACCUGGGCACCAACGGAACCCUACACCUCCCUGAAGACACCCUAACCCUUGCGGCCGAGAAGGGGGUUGUAGUGCUAGCCGGCAAUCCCAGAGCGCGACUCGUACCUCUCCAAUGAGCUCCUGGAAUCAUGGUGACUGGUAAGAAUUCCUUACAACCCGUACCCUAAUGGUCGCUAUCAAGUGCUAGGGGUGGAAUCAAUGGAAUGCCUAUACGGUGUGCGAAUGCCCUGUCCAUAAAGUUCCCAGCUGCGCCUGAAUCGACUAGCGCCUUACACUGGGGAACUACCAUGUGCUCAGGAAAGGAGAUGUGUAUUUUACAGUGCGCAGCAGAGGGCUCUGAACGAGUGUGGGUGUUCGAUACCUGGGGUGAUGCGAGAGUGCCCUGCCUGCCGCCUCCAAACCCAGAAGAGCGUGUGGUGAAAUGUCACUUCGCGCCACCAGUGUGACACUGGCGCUUUCACUCUCCGCUCUCUUGGCUAGCGGUUCCCCCCAUCACCAUCGGUUCGGAUCCGAGUUGGCCGGGAUCGUACCGGGCAGACCUCCUCCAGGACGUCCUCUGGUUGCCAGCAGGUUGUCCAAACAAAUGGCCAUGUCCACCAGUUGCGAGAAGGACAACAUGGUGUCACGGCAGGCUAGCUCCCAUCGGAUGUCCUCUCGCAGAUGGCACCGGAAAUGGUCGAUCAGGGCCCGCUCAUUCCACCCGGACCCAGCUGCCAGAGUUCAAAACUCCAAUGUGAAGUCCUGCGCAGUCCUCGUCCCCUGCCUCAGGUGGACCAGCUGCUCGCCCGCCUCUCGACCCUCGGGCGGGUGAUCGAAGACCGCCCGGAAGAGGCGAGCGAACUCCCCGUAGUUCUCCAACGCGGCUCCUCCUUCGUUCCACACCGCGUUGGCCCACUCCAGGGCUUUCCCCGAGAGGCAGGAGACGAGAGCGGACACCUUCUCCCGCUCCGAUGGGACUGGCCGGAUGCUGGAGAAGUAGAGCUCCAGUUGGAGAAGGAAUCGUUGGCACAGCGCCGCUGUCCCGUCGAAGUCCCGUGGUCGGGAUAUCUGGAUCCCUCCGGGUGCUGGGGUGUAGGUGGUGGGAUCCGGUUGGCCAGCUGGUCUCGACGGAUCGGGCUCUCUCCUCUCCAGGCGUUGGACGACCUGAAGAACCCGAUCCAUCGCUUCACCCAAGCUGGCUAGCAUAGUUGAAUGCUCCUGGACCCGUUCCACGACUCCAGGCAUGCACGUCUCUCCCGCUAACUCCAUAGCGGGUGGGUGAUUCUGUGAUGAGGUGAUGUUGAAGGAGUCAGGUGCAGGAGGGUAAAUCACAGAAUAACAGGCUUUAAUCCGCAAAAUACAGGUUUACACAGAAAUGCGUCAAAAACACUCCAGGGCACAAAACAGGCGCACUGGAAAAUACAAGGCACACGGGAAAAUACUCCCGUCGAUACAAAAUACACAGGCUCCACCGAGCUUCACUAACCUCCACAAUAAACAAACCCACACAGACAAGGACGCAGAGGGAACACUUAUACAAUGACUAAUGAGGGAAUAAGGACCAGGUGUGUGUGAUUGAAGACAAGACAAAUGGAGUGAUGAUAAAUGGAUCGGCAGUAGCUAGUAAGCCGGUGACGCCGAACGCCGAAACCUGCCCGAACAAGGAGGGGAGGCAGACUUGGUGGAAGUCGUGACACUUAUACUGGUAUGACUAAACACACGUUGUUGGGAUCUUUUGUCCAGGUGAAUAUGGGGUGCCCAGGCCAUGGAAUUUCGUGUUCAGUUUGAACUAUUGGGGAGGAAUUCCUCUAGAGGCCGGCAUACCCAUCCCUCCUGCUCCCAGAGGACAGGGAGGAGGUAAGAAAAACAUGCACGCACGCACGCACACACACACACUAAAUAUGAUGUAAAAAACAGACACCAUUUUAUGGUAUUGAGGCUCCCUCUCUGUACCUGUCUCAGAUCGAAUCGAAGCCGACCCCUCUCACCUCAUACUGGGUGUGGCCAUCCGCAACCUGGUCAAAAUCUAUAAGCAAGGCGCCAAGCUGGCGGUCAACCACCUCAAUCUCAAGUUCUACGAAGGCCAGAUCACCUCUUUCCUGGGGCACAACGGUGCUGGCAAAACAACCACCAUGUAAGGGCUGUGCUUUAAGAACCAUUGAAUCAAUAUAGUAGAACAGCCAACACCACCAUGUCAACCUGCACCUACAUUACAGACACAUAGAAAUGAAUGGUGAUGUGGUGCUUAUGUACAGUAGGUGUUUUGUAUUGCUUAUGGAUGUGUUACGUAUUGUCGCGCUAAUCGAGGGCCAUUGUACUUGUUAUGUAUUGCUUAUGAAUGUUCUAUGAACCUCUAAUUUAGGGUUAUCAUGAUAAAAUACACAGUUCAUUUCCAUUGACAGGUCUAAUCUCGGGCCCUUGUACUUGUUGAUGUGGUGCUUAUGUAAGUGUUAUAUAUUGCUUAUGAAUGUGCUAUGAAGCUCUAAUGUAGGGUUAUAACUUAUAAUUGGCGAUGUAGUAGUUAAAAAAUAAGUGGGUAAACUCUGCCGUUUGUGGUGAGUAAAGUAAUUAUUUCUAUGCUUUCGAUGCAUUUUCUGCAAAAUGUGGGUAAAUGUCGUUUACAUGCGUUUACCCUCCACUGGUUAUAAUGCUUAAUACACAGUUCAUUUCAAUUAACAGGUCUAUCCUGACGGGUCUGUUUCCCCCCACGGCUGGGACCGUGUACAUUAAGGGCAUGGACAUCCGCACUGACAUGGACAUCAUCAGGAAGACCCUGGGAGUGUGUCCUCAGCACAAUGUCCUUUUUGACAUGUAAGCCCCUGCUCUACUCUUGAAUACAUGUCAUUAAGUAAUGUAUCCUAUACAUGUAUUUCAUUAUAUUGUAGUGCAUAGGAUUACUACCAUGUUGACUCCAUUUAUGGAGUGCUUGUUUUCUAUCUUCCUAAGUUAAUUAAUUCCUUGGUGAUGUUAAAGCUGCAAUAUGUGAGAAAUGUGAGUUAUAGAUCUGUCAAUCUCAUUGAAAGCAAGUCUAAGAAGCGGUAUAUCUGUUCUAUGUGCGCUAUUUCUAUGCUUCGUUUCGUUUUUGCGUCUUUUACUUUUAGUUUUGUACACCAGCUGAAAAUACAAUAUUAAUUUUUGGGGGGAAAAUAUAUUUCACAGUGGUUUAGAUGGUACAAUGAUUCUCUACACUAUACAUUGCUUGUUUUGUCACAUAAACUGAAAUUAGGCGAACUAUUAGACAUUUUCUUAUCAGGAAAUGGCGGAGCGAUUUCUGCAUAUUGCACCUUUAAAUAACUGAUAUGACAAAGAUGAAAAAUCACUAGAGGGAAUCUAAAUAACGAAAGGCCCCAUUCACUUAAUCUCUUGCCCCUCAGGCGCCAUCUUAAAACAUUUACCCACUGUACAUGUAAAACAGUGUGAUGGUACUCAAUCAGCCCUCUGACUUUAACCUUGUUAUUCUUGUAUAGUCUGACCGUAGAGGAGCAUGUGUGGUUCUAUGGUCGUCUGAAGGGCCUAUCAGGCGACGAGGUGAGGAAGGAGUUGGACACUCUCCUGGAGGACGUGGGCCUGCUGCACAAACGCCACGAACAGACCAGGAACCUGUCUGGUAUGGUUCCCUCCCUCCCUCCCUCCCUCUACUAUUCGACAUCCAUUACAUAUAUGGCCUUCAGCUGUAUACUUUACAGAAUAACAUAUCCUUCAAUAACCACUACAUAUACAAUACCACACUCAAGUUCUCUCUGUGUGUGUGUGUGUGUGUGUGUAUUUCUUUCUCUCUCUGUCCCUCUGUGUCUCUCUGUCGUCUCUGUCCCUCUCUCUUUCUCUCUCGCCCCCUGUCUCUGUCUCUAUCUCUCAGGUGGUAUGCAGAGGAAGCUGUCGGUGGCCAUAGCAUUUGUGGGGGGCUCUAAGGUGGUGGUCCUGGAUGAGCCCACAGCUGGGGUGGACCCCUAUUCCCGUCGAGGCAUUUGGGACCUGCUGCUCAAGUACCGCAAAGGUUAGCCCUGAACUGUGUCUAGGGUUGCAACAUUUUCCGUAAACUUUUCCAAAAUUCCCAGGAUUUCCAGAAAGCCCUGGUCUAACUUGGUUGCGGAGUUGACCAUUUCAUGUAAAUUCAGGUGCAAUAUAAUGAAAUUGAAUCUACUUUAUCUUUUUCUUCUUCUCUCUCAAUCAGAUCGCACCAUCAUCCUCUCCACCCACUACAUGGAUGAGGCUGACCUUCUCGGAGACCGCAUAGCCAUCAUCUCCCAGGGGAAGCUGUGCUGCUGCGGCUCCCCUCUCUUCCUCAAGGCCAAGCUGGGGAUGGGCUACUACCUCACCGUCGUCAAGAAGGAGGGACUGGAUACUCGAACCCCCAGUAGUGCCAGCGCUACCAAACUGCCCCCUGCCACAAAGGUGAGUGAGAGAUUGUAUACCCCUGCAAAUUAAAUUUCAGCAGGAAUACAUUGUGUGCUGAGCCCUUAAUCACAAAGCGUCUCAGAAUAGGAUUGCUGAUCUAGGAUCAGGUCCCCCUGUCCUCAUAAUUAUGAUCUAAAAGACAAAACUAAUUCUACAUCAGCACUCUAACUCUGAGAAACUUUGUGAAUAUGGGCCCUGAAGACCAUUUUACCAGUGCAUCUUAAUAGUCAAAAGUGUCUCUCCUUGUCUCAUUUACUUCUGAGAGGAGAGGAGAAGGUCAUUGUAGACUAUCGCGAUAGGGCUGUGUAUACUGUGGGAUGCUAAAGGUCAUGACUUUUAUCACUGAACUAUGAACCCUUCGCUGAUUGUCUCUCCCUCUAUAUUUCAGGACAGCGACUCCUCCAUGAGUGACGACACAGGAUUGGGCAGUGAUGUUAGCGGCUCAGGUGGGGUCUCCCACCCAAAGUCACUUAGUGACUUUCUGCUAGCUGUGUGUUGACUUCUCGCCAUUAUUGAAGACACCUGUAAAAACAACCAUUUCGCUUGACUGUUCUGUUCGUCCAUAGCUAACCAAAUGGCGAGCCUCUACCCCCCUACAGACUGAUCUGAGGGGAUCAGAUAGGUCUACUCAAGUAUCUAGUGGGGGGUUAGGGCAUGUUUCUGGACAGUGAAGUUUCAAACCUCCUCUUUCUCCCUCUCCCUCUCGCUCACUCCCCCCAACAGAUCUGGCCGCCCUGUUGGCCCUGGUGCAGCGUCACAUCCCCGGGGCCCGGCUGGUGGAGGACGUGGGGCGUGAGGCGGUCAUCAACCUGCCCCAGAAGUCGGUAGAGGACAGCAGCCUGGCCAUCUUCCUCACCGAGCUUGACAGGAGGCAAGCUGAUCUGGGCAUCACCAGCUACGGCCUGUCUGACACCACCCUGGAGGAGGUGAGGAGAGGACACACACGUGUGUAUAUAUACACAUACAGUGCAUUCGGAAAGUAUUCAGAUCCCUUUACUUUUUCCACAUUUUGUUACGUUACAGCCUUAUUCUAAAUGGAUUAAAUUGUUCUUUUCCCCCUCAUCAAUCUACACACAAUACCCCAUAAUGACAAAGCAAAAACAGGUUUUUUGAAAUUUUUGCAAGUAUUCAGAUCCUUUACUCAGUACUUUGUUGAAGCACCUUUGGCAGCGAUUACAGCCUUGUGUCUUCUUGGGUAUGAUGCUACAAGCUUGGCACACCUGUAUUUGGGGAGUUUCUCCCAUUCCUCUCUGCAGAUCCUCUCAAGCUUUGUCAGGUUGGAUGGGGAGCGUCGCUGCACAGCUAUUUUCAGGUCUCUCCAGAGAUGUUCGAUCACGUUCAAGUCCGGGCUCUGGCUGGACCCCUCAAGGACAUUCUGAGACUUGUCUCGAAGCCACUCCUUCAUUGUCUUGGCUGUGUGCUUAGGGUUGUUGUACUGUUGGAAGGUGAGCCUUCACCCCAGUCUGAGGUCCUGAGUGCUCUGGAGCAGGUUUUCAUCAAGGAUCUCGCUGUACUUUGCUCCGUUCAUCUUUCCCUCGAUCCUGACUAGUCUCCCAGUCCCUGCCACUGAAAAACAUCCCUUCAGCAUGAUGCUGCCACCACCAUUCUUCACCGUAGAUAUGGUGCCAGGUUUCGUCCAGACAUAACGCUUGGCAUUCAGGCCAAGGAGUUCAAUCUUGGUUUCAUCAGACCAGAGAAUCUUGUUUCUUUAUGUGCCUUUUGGCAAACUCCAAGCGGGCUGUCAUGUGCCUUUUACUGAGGAGUGGCAUCCAUCUGGCCACUCUAACAUAAAGGCCUGAUUGGUGGAGUGCUGCAGACAUGGUUGUCCUUCUGGAAGGUUUUCCCAUCUCCACAGAGGAACUCUGGAGCUCUGUCAGAGUGACAAUCGGGUUCUUGGUCACCUCUUUGACCAAGGCCCUUCUCCCCCGAUUGCUCAGUUUGGCCGGGCGGCCAGCUCUAGGAAGAGUCUUGGUGGUUCCACACUUCUUCCAUUUAAGAAUGAUGGAGGCCACUGUGUUCUAUGGCACCUUCAAUUUUUUGGGACCCUUCCCCAGAUCUAUGCCUCGACACAAUCGUGUCUCGGAGCUCUACGGACAAUUCCUUCGACCUCAUGGCUUGGUUUUUGCUCUGACAUGCACUGUCAACUGUGGGACCUUAUAUAGACAGGUGUGUGCUUUUCCAAAUCAUGUCCAAUCAAUUGAAUUUACCACAGGUGGAUUCCAAUCAAGUUGUAGAAACAUCUCAAGGAUGAUCAAUGGAAACAGGAUGCACCUGAGCUCAAUUUCGAGUCUCAUAGCAAAGGGUCUGAAUACUUAUGUAAAUGAGAUAUUAAAAAAAAAAAUAUAUAUAUAUAUAUAUAUACAUUUGCAAAAAAAUCUUUAAACCAGUUUUUGCUGUGUCAUUAUGGGGUAUUGUAUGUAAAUUGAUGAGGAUUUUUUAUUUAUUUAAUCAAUUUUAGAAUAAGGCUGUAACGUAACAAUUUGGAAAAAGUAAAGGGGUCUACAUACUUUCCGUAUACACACUCACACACAUAUACACACAUAAACACAAACACACAGGCGCACACUACAAAGGCACAGCAGGAGGGGGAGGGAUGGACAUGAACACAGACACCCAUGCUGGCGAAGAGGUCAGCAUGCUGGCUCGUAAUGGGCUACUCUCACAUGCACGCGCACGCACACGCACACACACACACACACACACACAGGCACACAUGCACACACACACAGGCAUUAGCACACACAUAACACACACACACAUUGGCAUACACACAGUCUCUCUCAAAUACAUUUAGGGCUUAAAGAGGCUUUGCGUCAGAAGCACUAUAUUACAAAGACAUUAGCGUGUAACAGGCCAAAGUUACAUGAAGCUCGUCCUAAAUAUAUUCAUGACUGCACUAAACUGACCUGUAUUUAAAACGCGUCCAUUGAACCUCUUGUGGAUGGUUGAAACCCAGCUUUAACUAGAUUAAGCAGGGUUUACCCGAAAUAGUAUAUUUGCGGAGUUACUGUCACGGUAAUGUGCUUAGGCUUACCACGAUUACCAGAAAAGAUAAGUCAGUAGGUUGGCUCCUGGCAGAUCCUUUCUCUCCCCAGAGUUCUGCGUUUUUUGUGUUAGAGUUCUGAGUUCUCGAUUAGUUAUUAUAAACUGUGGUUCGAGCCCUGAAUGCUGAUUGGCUGACAGCCGUGGUAUACCACGUGUAUGACAAAAACAUUAUUUGUAUUGCUCUAAUUACAUUGGUAACCAGUUUAUAAUAGCAAUAAGGCAUCUCAGGGGUUUGUGGUAUAUGGCUAUUAUACCACGGCUAAGGGCUGUGUCCAGGCACUCCGCGUUGUGUCGUGCUUAAGAACAGCCCUUAGCCGUGGUAUAUUGGCCAUAUACCACACCCCCUCGGGCCUUAUUGCUUAAUUGAAACAUGACAUUUAUCUACUUGAUUCCAACACACAACGCAGAAGAUGUAAAAAAAAAUUAAUCUGUUCCUGUAGAUCUUUCUGAGAGUGGCUGAGGAGACGGGGGUGGACGUGGACCCAGAGGAGAGCCCGGGACAAGCCGACACGCCCCAGGGGCAGGGUCAAGGACAGGGUCAAGGACAGGGCUUGUCUGGAGAGCCAUCUGAGGAUCCAGGUAAACACAAGGGAAAACAUAGUAACACACACGCAUAGAAACACACCGUCUUCUUCCUAGUAUGUGUUUUUAUUUAACAUGGUCAGUCCUCUGUCCUCCUUUCUGACCCUCUUUCUCUGCACUGCUGCCAGGAAUGAAACGGCUUCGCAAGCAAGGUACCUACAGUAGUGGGCCUUGUGUGCCUUUUAACUUCCCUUUUUCAGAAUUUUCGGGAGCUCAGCUCUCUACCCCUAACCCUAACACUAGUGACAGGGAUAACUGCAGCAGUUGGAAUAAGAGUCGUUUGGCUCAAUUAACAAUGUCUUUCUUUCUCUCCACCAUGCUUGGGCCUUUCCAACACACAGAGCCCCAGGAGACAGACCUGCUGAGCGGGGAUGGCCAUGGCGGAAUCCCUCUGACCGGGUGGGGCUUGACGUGGCAGCAGCUGCGUGCACUCUUCAUCAAGAGGUGGCUGUACGCCCUCCGCAGUCGCAGGGGCUUCUUCGCUCAGGUGCAGACUCAUAAACGUGACUUUAUUCUCAAUUACUGGACCGUAUCAAAUACAAGCAGGUGAUGCAAUGAAGAGAGACCAGUAACAGGCUAUUGUGACACGAUGGCCUUGUGUUUCAGAUCGUGCUGCCUGCUGUGUUUGUGUUGAUUGCUUUGCUCUUCAGCCUCAUCGUCCCUCCGUUCGGAAAGUACCCCUCGCUCCAGCUGCAGCCCUGGAUGUAUGGCGAACAGUACACUUUCUUCAGGUAAAGGCCUACACCUAUUGAUCUCAAGUACAGAUGUAGGAUCUUAAUAUGUGCCAGUUUGCUACAGCAGGAAAAUAAUCCUGCAGCAACGGGAAAUGUGAAUUAUUAUGUGGAUUAUAAUUAAUGGAUAUUGUUGUAGGGGUUAAUACAUUUUUCGUAAGGGAAAAUCAAGUCUGAAAUUUCAAAGUGGAAAUGACAAACUUCAGAAGCCUUUUUAAACUUUAAAUAUACUACAAGUUUUAAGUUUCCUGCAUUGCAGGAAAGUUCUCCUGCAACAGGGUGAUCAGAUUAAGAUCCUACAUCUGUAGUCUUGAAUGGCAAUUAUCAGAUUAACAUUCUGAUAAAUGUUUGGACUGAAACUUCAAGGAGUCGGUUGUUCCCAUGCUGUUUGUCUGUCCGACCUGCCAGAUUCUGCUUUGUCUUCCUAUUUUUCUUUGUCUGUAUUGAACCUCUUAUCUGUGUGGUGUCCUCUUUCCAGCAACGAUGCCCCUGGGGAUCCUGCCAUUCAGAAUCUGCUGGAUGCCCUUCUCGACCGGCCUGGAUUUGGAACCAAGUGCAUGGAAAACAGCAUGUAAGGCCUUUUCCUCUCUACUCUCCUCUACUAAAGCAAUACGUACUGUAAAAACACAAUACUGUGUUACCUGGCCUGUCCAGUUGCAACCACAAAGGAAAGCAGACACAUAUGUGUUACCAUCUUAAAGUGUAAACCACUUUAUCUUCAUUCUCGGCAUUACCAACAAGGUUUUUUCUAUUGUCUCAAUGUAUUCUCAGUUCGUUUGUGCGUAAAGGUGUGUUUUUAUGAGAAAGAGGGUUCAUUCUAUUCUGGACCUGUCAUUCACUAGGUUCCCCACAUGACUUGUGACUUAGGGCUAUUGACUUUUCCAAAGGACACUUCUGGAGGGAAAGUGCGUAUUAGCAUGAACAUAAGAUAUUUAAGUUGGGCCUAUGUUUCCUCGAUUGGGUUGGGUGUCGUGGUGUAUUUUGCAUGUUCACGCUAGGAUGUGUCCCCUGCAGGGAUCCUCAAUGUUUGCAGGAGGAGGAAGGCAUGUUCAUGAGGCCCCAGAUUCUCUACUCCACCUGGCAGCUCUUCAACAGAGGCAACUGGACUGCAGACAAGCCCUCUCCUGACUGUGAGUGCAGCUCUGAGGAGGUCCGCAGGAUGCUACCAGACUGCCCCGAAGGAGCCGGAGGCAUCCCCCCUCCACAGGUCAAUACCGCAUAAUACACUGUUACUUUAUUCUUCUCUAUAGUUAAAUGUUGCAUUAUAUGUGGUUCUCUGUAGCUCAGCUGGUAGAGCACAGCGCUUGUAACGCCAAGGUAGUGGGUUCGAUCCCCGGGACCACCCAUACACAAAAAAAAAAUGUAUGCACGCAUGACUGUAAGUCGCUUUGGAUAAAAGCGUCUGCUAAAUGGCAUAUUAUUAUUAUUUUAUAUACUGUUACUUUGUUCUCAGUGGUUAAACAUUGCAUAAAUACUGGUACUGCAACUAAUCUCCUGUGACAGACUUUAAUUAAAAUAUGAGAAUUUGUUCUCAAUGACUUAGCUACCUGCCUAAAUAAAUGUCUAAAGCUAAAUGUCCACAUACUGUUGUGUUGUGAAUACUGUAACUUGUUUCUAUGUUCCACAGAGCCAGAGAUUGACAGGGGAUAUCCUGCAGAAUAUGACCGGCCGCAAUAUCUCGGACUACCUGGUCAAGACUUACCCUCAGAUAAUGAAGAAAAGGUCUCUUACACCUCUCCACUUGAUUAUUAUAUUUGUUAGAAAGUAUUACUGUGAUUAAAUCUGUGUUUUUCCACCUUACAAAUUCAUUUCUCCUUACACUCUUACGAUUUCAGCCUAACUUCAGCCACUAAGAAGUGGAUCAAUGAAUUCAGGUAAGUGGAGUGUAAAAUCAUAGACAUCACUUGUCUACAGCCCUAAUCUCGGUUAACCCAGAACAAAAAUCUUGCAUAAUUUGGUCAGAUGCUGUCCAAGAGAGAUUCCCUCAGCCCUAAUACAUUACAGUCCAUCUACUCUGAUGUAAAUGUGACCCUGUUUCUGUUGUAGAUAUGGGGGCUUCUCUCUGGGGGGCAGAGGCACUCAGGCUGUCCCACAGGCCUACCAAAUGGAGGACUCAGUCAUGUCUAUACGGUCACGUUACAGAGUGGCACAGGUAGGAGAUAGACAUCUUUUUACACCCUCAACGUCAGGUUUCCUCGUAGUUUCUGUGUUGUCUCUUUUAAUGUCUGGUUCUCUGUUUCUCACAGAAUAGCUCAUUGGAUCAGCUCCUGGGUCGCCUACCAGAGUUUCUGGGUGGACUGAAUAGUCAGAACAAUGUUAAGGUGAGAGGUCAAAAGAUGAGUGUGUGUGAGCACCUGUGUGUGUGGGUGAGUGUAUGCAUGUGCAUCUGUGUGUGUUGUUUCACUGUUACCUAAGCUCUACCUCGCCCCUGCUAGGUGUGGUAUAACAACAAGGGUUGGCACGCCAUGGCAUCGUUUGUCAAUGUCAUGAACAAUGGCCUGCUCCGUGCCAGCCUGCCCCCAGGGCCAGAGCGAAUGAAGCAUGGCAUAACCGCCUACAACCACCCCCUCAACCUCACCAAGGAACAGCUCACUGAAAUUGCCAUGUAAGCUCAGUCUCUUUCUCUCUAGUUUCCUAUUCAAGUCACACCAAUAAGACCCAUUGUUGAUUAAGCCUAAGCUUAGUGUGUCUGAGUUAAUCAAAUCCCUCUUUUUGGAGUUGCUUUAUCCAAUUUGCAAGCACUAUUGUUGUAAGCACUAUUACACAAUACUUUUAAUGUACAGAGCAGGUUGAGUAAUGUUAGUAUGAAAAUGUGAUAGGUAGGAAAACAUGAUACCACACUGGCCUUAAAAGUCACUAACAAGUUCUGCCAUCAAAAUACAGAAUAAAUUGUGCUUACUUUUAUCUUACCAUACUCAUUGCCUCUCUGUUUUCAGGAUGACCACCUCAGUAGAUGUUCUGGUGUCCAUCUGUGUGAUCUUCUCCAUGUCCUUUGUGCCGGCCAGCUUCGUGCUGUUUCUCAUCGAGGAGAGGGUCAGCAAAGCCAAGCACCUUCAGUUUGUCAGCGGAGUCCGGCCCAUUCUCUACUGGCUGGCCAACUUCACCUGGGACAUGGUUAGUCUCCCACCAUCCUAAUAGGCUUAACUGAUACCCGUUUUGUUAGCACUAAUAUUUAAGGUACACUCCAGAGUCUUAUUCAUUAGUUACCUUGAGUUUUGGCUCAAACAUAAACUUUAUAUCAAAUCAAAUUUUAUUGGUCGUGUACACAUUUUUCAGAUGUUAUCCCAGGUACAGCGAAAUGCUUGUGUUUCUAGGUCCAACAGUGCAGCAAUACUUUUAUAGUCUACGUUUCAGAAGCCUGAUAAUGUUGACAGUAAAAAGUAUCCUUUCAAUCCUUGUGUCUCUAUAAUUCAGUGCCAUGUACUGUAACUCCAGGGCCCAAUUUUUCAAAAGUUAUCUAUCUGGAUUUUGCCUAUCGGAUAGGAUUAAAUGUAUAGAAAUUGAAUGAAUAGAAUGGAUGAAUCAUUGACUUGAAUGGGGACUCCUGUUCUAUUCAUUUUAUUUAUAUGCAUUUAAUCCUAUCCGAAAGGCGAAAUCCAGAUGGAUAACUUUGGAAAAACUGGGCCCUGGGGAUAAGUCUCAUCUCUAUUGAAUUGUACUUAACUGGCCUUCUACUUUCUCCCAGCUGAACUAUACAGUCCCGGCCACUAUGGUGGUCCUCAUCUUCAUUUGCUUCCAGCAACAGUCCUACGUGUCUGAAACCAACCUCCCUGCUCUGGUCCUGUUGCUCUUGCUUUAUGGGUAAGGGCCAUGGACACUGGUAGCUUUGUUAUCAUUGCACUCAUAACUAAUUAUGUUGUAUGUGCACUUUAUUACAUUACAUUUAGUAAUAAAAAAUUAUAAUGAAUUAUCUUUUAAAACAACUAUACGACAGUAUGUUUGCUUGAGUGGUCAUAUCAAUGUUUUUUUAAUUUAAAACAUUAUAGCUGAGGUCUCCUUCUUUAAAGAAUGUUACACAGAGUUGUUCUUAGCAAAGUUCAUGGUGCAUUACAAAACAAAUUCCUUGUUACUGAUUAGAAUUUCUCUUUCCUCCAUUUCAGCUGGUCUAUCACUCCUCUCAUGUAUCCAGCCUCCUUCCUGUUCAGUGUCCCCAGCACUGCCUAUGUUGUCCUCACCUCAAUCAACCUCUUCAUCGGGAUCAACGGCAGCAUCGCCACCUUUGUCUUGGAGCUGUUCGUAGAUCAGGUGGGUCAUGGAGUUGACUAUGAUAUUAAAUCAGGGUUACUGAUUAGUCUCAGGGCACAGCUGAUAUUUAGAUUUACACCCAACACUAGUUCAGCUGAGGCUGUCUGGUUACAUGGUACAACAGUGUACUUCUUUAAAUGUUUUUUUCAACUUGCUUGCACCACUACAAUUGCAAAAUGUUUGCCAGUGUUAACAAAUCAGAUGUGAAUGUUCUUUUACUAUGGUAUUCAGACAUGAACUUGUCUGUCUGCUUUUCAGCACUUGAACGAUAUCAACAAGAUCCUAAAGAAAGUCUUCCUGAUCUUCCCCCACUUCUGUCUGGGCCGAGGCCUCAUCGACAUGGCUAAGAACCAGGCUAUGUCGGACGCUUUCCAGAGACUGGGUAUAAUAAUACUCUUUUUUUUUUUAACCAACUUUUUAUUUAGUUUAGUAUUUUUUUCCCGAGGGGGGGGGGGGGGGGGGGUUUACAGGUACAAAAAAACAGUCCCCAUCCACACGCCCACAUCCUCCAUCCCCACCCGGAAGCCAUGCCUCCCACCCCGCCUUCUUUCGCAGCAGUGCUGCCUGUCAGCAGUAAUCUUCUCUGAUUGAUUGAGAGAUUCAAGGGGCUAUCAUCGUUAAGUAACAUAAUAGAUGCAAAGCAUUGAAUAUUUCAAUUCAUGCACUUCUAAAUGAAUUUUGUAACUUUGCCCCAGAAGCAUUUAACUGCAGGGCACUCCCACAUCAUAUGAAGCAAUGUGCCUACCUGAUUUAGGGGACACAGUGAACACUUGGGAGUUGGGGCCAAUUUCAUCGUAAAAUGUUUCCUUGGUGUUAAAUAGUCUGUGAACAAACUUAAAAUGUAUAAAUUGAUGGUUUGGAUUACGGGAUGCCAAGGUCAUAUUUUUCCAUAUUCUGUUCCAGUUCAAGGGUUAUUCAGAUUCAAUUAGAUCUGUGGACCAUACUUUUUAAUGGCUAUCUCAGAAUAUGAGCGUUCCAAAAGUUGUUCAUAUAUUAUAGAGAUCAGUCCUUUCGGGAUAAUUUAGGUGGUCAACUUAGCAUAGUUGACCUAAAUUGUAAAUAUAGAAAAAAGGAGUUUCCUGGUAAUGUGUAUGUGUCUUUCAAAUCUUGGAAUGUUCUCAAACCAUUACUGUCCAUGAUAUCGGCAAGGGUACGGAUUAGAUUCCACAUUUGGACCAUUGGGGGGGAUGCAAAAGGCCGCCCUCCAGAUCGCAAGGCAUUAUUGUGACAUUUUGGAGUAUGGGCAUUUUAUUAUUUUAUUUUGUACCUUUAUUUAACUAGGUACGUCAGUUAAGAACAAAUUCUUAUUUACAAUGACGGCCUACACCGGCCAAACCCGGACGACGCUGGGACAAUUGUGCGCCGCCCUAUGGGACUCCCAAUCACGGCCGGUUGUGAUACAGCCUGGAAUCGAACCAGGGGUCUGUAGUGACGCCUCAAGCACUGAGAUGCAGUGCCUUAGACCGCUGCGCCACUCGGGGCAUGCCAUUUUGAUUCCAAGUUACAUUGUUUUUCAAUUUUGCGCCAAAUAUAAAUUGUGGGCGCAAUAAUAGUACCAAAGCGUAGUUUACAUUGUUUAAGGGAUAUAUCUGUGAAGGCCACCUCUUCCAGGGCAAUAGGAGACACCAUAUUUCUCUCUAUACUCAGCCAGGGGGCAGAAGAAUCAUGUCUAAACCAAUUUAGGAUGAGGCAAAAUGCCAGUGCCUAGAAAUACAAUUAAAAGUUUGGUACGGAUAGUCUCCUAUGUCUUUCCCUCUUUCCGAGAUCGUUUACCUUGCCAUAUAAAUGUUGAAACUGCACUAUGAAUUUUAUCCAAAUAGCCAGAAGGGGGAGCCAUGGGAAGCAUUGAACAACAGAAAUUCAGCCAUGGCAAUAUACAGUGCUAUGAAAAAAUAUUUGCCCACUUUCUAAUAUUCUCAACUUUUGCAUAUUUGUGAUACUGAAUGUUAUCAGAUCUUCAACCAAAACCUAAUAUUAGAUAAAGGGAACAUAAGUGGACAAAUAACACAACAAUUACAUAUUUAUUUCAUUUAUUUCAUAAACAAAGUUAUGUAACACCCAAUUCCCCUGUGUGAAAAAGUAAUUGCCCCCUUACACUCAAUAACUGGUUGUGCCACCUUUUAGCUGCAAUGACUCCAACCAAAUGCUUCCUGUAGUUGUUGAUCAGUCUCUCACGUCGCUGUGGAGGAAUUUUGGCCAACUCUUCCAUGCAGAACUGCUUUAACUCAGUGACGUGUGGGUUUUGAAGCAUGAACUUCUCGUUUCAAGUCCUGCCACAACAUCUCAAUUGGGAUUAGGUCUGGACUUUGACUAGGCCAUUCCAAAACUUCCAAUUUGUUGCUUUUUAGCAAUUUUCAUGUAGACUUCAUUGUGUGUUUUGGAUCAUUGUCUUGCUGCAUGACCCAGUUGCGCUUCAGCUCACAGACGGAUGGUCUGACAUUCUCCUGUAGAAUUCUCUGAUACAGAGCAGAAUUCAUGGUUCCUUCUAUUAAGGCAAGUCGUCCAGGUCCUGAGGCAGCAAAGCAUCCCCAAACCAUCACACCACCACCACCAUGCUUGACCUUUGGUAUGAUGUUCUUACUGUGGAAUGCAGAGUUUGGUUUUCGCCAGGCAUUACUGGAAACAUGUCGUCCAAAAAGUUAUACUUUUGAAUCAUCUGUCCAUAGAACGUUCUUCCAAGAGUCUUGAUGAUCAUCCAGGUGCUUUUUGGCAAACUUGAGUCAACUUUUUGGACGAGAUGGGUCCCAUUAUGCCUGGCGAAAACCAAACACUGCAUUCCACAGUAAGAACAUCAUACCAAAGGUCAAGCAUGGUGGUGGUGGUGGUGUGAUGGUUUGGGGAUGCUUUGCUGCCUCAGGACCUGGACGACUGUUUUGCUUUAAGACGCCCACAGGCCUCACAAGACUCGUUUGAAGGUCCCCCGGUACCAGUUUAAAAAAUGAAUGGAAGUAUAUGAGACAGUUUAGUGCCAAAAAUAAGGGGUUAAAUAGAUGUAAAAAAUCAAAUAAAAAAAUAAGAUAAAAAUGUUUGCUGAUCUUUCUUAUAUCUCUCAGAUAUAAAACAUACACUUGAGAACAAACCUUUAGAAUUUUUUGGGGGACUAUCUGUUGUUCCAUUAGUGAAUCUGUAAUUCAAUGCGUUUGUAUGGGCUAAUAGCAAAUUAAAGGAAAUGUAACAUUUUCAUCAAAUCAUUUUUUUAUAUCUCAAGGUGUCUUAAAAUUCUAAAUCAAAUAGCUAAAUGAUCCUUGCUAUGACUUUCUUAAAAUAAUUCCAUAUAGCUUAGUAGACGGUGGCUUCCUCUGUUGAGAGAAGAGGAGUUCUUAAUGAUAAUACGCUUGUCUAAAGAUUCAACAUCAAAUCAGUGCCAACAACAUCAUCUGGUUUGAGGUCAAUUCAUUGUUUCCAUGUGGGUACCCAUGUCCACAGGCACAAAGCAGACGCUGGACCCCCUGGAAUGGGACUUUGUGGGGAAGAACUUGUUUGCCAUGGCUGUGGAGGGAGUCGUGUUCUUUCUCUUCACAAUACUGCUACAGUACAAGUUCUUCAUCAACUGCAGGUAGGUACUGUGACAUCUGCUGCAAGGACUGUGCAUGGAUGUCAAAACACAUCCUGGCAUUUCAGUUGGUAAAAUAUAAUCUCAUUCAUAGAUCCCUUUUCAAGUACUGUGCUUGUCAAAUGCAUCUUUCCUAAUUCUUUGCUCAAAAUUAUUGCUGAUCACAAUGUGAUUAGGUAUAUAUGGACUGAGCCACUCCGACACAAUGUAAAAGCACUUUAAGACCUAGUGAAAAAAGCUACAUAAACACAUUACUAUAGUAUUACAUUUCACAUUUUAGUCAUUUAGCCGGCGCUCUUAUCCAGAGCGACUUACAAUUAGUGAGUGCAUACAUUUUUAUUUAUUUAUUUGUUCAUACUACUACAUAUUACUAUCAUUAUAGGUGAAAUCUUUACAGUGAAACCCAUGGCUCCUCUUACUCCUUAGUGUCAGAUCAGUGAAAUCAUAGAAAUAUAAUCGAAUUCUAUUUUUAUGGCCUCAGUUCACGUCAGGUUAUCUUACUCAUAAGUCUAUUCUUCCAGGCCCUGCUCAGAGCCUGAGCUGCCCCCUCUUGGCCCAGAGGACGAGGACAUCGCCAGGGAGAGAGAGAGGGUGAAGAGUGGGAAAGCCCAAGCCGAUAUACUCACCAUGAUGGACCUGAGUAAGGCAAGUAAAACAAACUUUGGACUUGUAGAUGAAAAAGUUGGGUCAUCUACUGUAUAUUUUAGGUUUAAAUGCAUGGGGUUUAAUCUCUAAGGGUUUAAAACGGAUGACCCUGUGUUUGUGCAGGUGUACAAAGCUGGCAAGAAGCCAGCAGUGGAUCGUCUGUGUCUGGGUAUUCCUCGUGGAGAGGUGAGAAAUAGAGCUGUGUUUCUGCCAGCCACAAAUCUACUGUUAACUCUUUAGAGCACUUAGCGAGGGCAUUGGAGUAGCACACUAUGAAUGUUUUAGAUAGGUGUGACUGUGAGUGUUGUGUUUUCUCUGCCUCUCCCUGUCAGUGCUUUGGGCUGCUGGGGGUAAACGGGGCUGGGAAGACCUCCACGUUUCGCAUGCUGACUGGAGACACAGCGAUCACCUAUGGAGAAGCAUUUCUCAGUCAUCACAGGUAAGUAAGACCAGUUUGAUUAGGCGGUCACCAUUUACUCCUUAGAUAUACCAAACAUGUUUGCGCCUUUCCUUCCUGCUGUUUUAUGACAUUAUUCAUAUGCUUAGUAGCUGUGAAAAUAAAAGUAAAUAAAUUACUUUCAAUGACAUAAUAGAGGCAGUGAAAGUGAAAUACUGAGUCUAGAAAUGCUGUUCUCAUAUUCAUUGUAUCCAUAAUGAUAAUUCCUACCGCACUAACCCUUCAUUAUGCCUGUACUCUGUGAUAUGUAGUGUGCUGACUGAGAUGGAGCGGGUCCACCAGCUGAUGGGCUACUGCCCCCAGUUUGAUGCCAUCUGCGACCUGCUGACUGGCAGGGAGCACCUGGAAUUCUACGCCAGGCUCCGAGGGGUGCCAGAGGAGUCUGUGGCCAAGGUACUUAACACACACGCACACAAAAACACACACAUUACCUAGCAAUUCACUCAUAUCAUUUGUCUCAGAAAAUGUCCGGAAAAAUGUAACUUGUGUCCCUCCAAGGUGGCUCAAUGGGGAGUGAAGAAGCUGGGGCUGACCCAGUACGCAGAGCGAGAGGCCGGAGGCUACAGCGGAGGCAACAAACGCAAACUCUCCACUGCCAUCUCCCUGAUCGGAGCUCCUCCUGUUAUAUUCCUGGUAGGUAUGAGAGAAAGGAAUGAGUGGAUUUCUAAUAUAACAGUUGAUGCUUUCCUUUUCUCCUAUCUCCUCUAACCUACAGUUACGUCUGCACUCCUGUUGUUUAUAGGAUGAGCCCACCACUGGCAUGGAUCCCAAGGCCAAGAGAUUCCUGUGGAACUGCAUCCUGAGCGUCAUCAAGGAAGGAAGGGCCGUUGUUCUCACCUCCCACAGGUAGGUGACGCUAUUCAUGCCAACAGCACACCCUCCCCUGGCCUCGAACGUUGUCUAUUCUAUUGAUGUCUUAACACUUGUACGGUAUGAACUUUGGCUUAUAAUGGGGUGUUUUGCUGUAUGUGUGUGAGCAGUAUGGAGGAAUGUGAAGCUCUCUGCACUCGAAUGGCCAUCAUGGUGAACGGAAGGUUCCAGUGUCUGGGCUCCGUUCAGCACCUUAAGAACAGGUACAUGUUUGCUGCUGAUUUGACUAAUAUCAUGUCUUUAUAAGGUAUCUUAGUGUAACAUACAGUGGGGGAAAAAAGUAUUUAGUCAGCCACCAAUUGUGCAAGUUCUCCCACUUAAAAAGAUGAGAGAGGCCUGUAAUUUUCAUCAUAGGUACACGUCAACUAUGACAGACAAAUUGAGAGAAAAAAUUUCCAGAAAAUCACAUUGUAGGAUUUUUAAUGAAUUUAUUUGCAAAUUAUGGUGGAAAAUAAGUAUUUGGUCACCUACAAACAAGCAAGAUUUCUGGCUCUCACAGACCUGUAACUUCUUCUUUAAGUGGCUCCUCUGUCCUCCACUCGUUACCUGUAUUAAUGGCACCUGUUUGAACUUGUUAUCAGUAUAAAAGACACCUGUCCACAACCUCAAACAGUCACACUCCAAACUCCACUAUGGCCAAGACCAAAGAGCUGUCAAAGGACACCAGAAACAAAAUUGUAGACCUGCAUCAGGCUGGGAAGACUGAAUCUGCAAUAGGUAAGCAGCUUGGUUUGAAGAAAUCAACUGUGGGAGCAAUUAUUAGGAAAUGGAAGACAUACAAGACCACUGAUAAUCUCCCUCGAUCUGGGGCUCCACGCAAGAUCUCACCCCGUGGGGUCAAAAUGAUCACAAGAACGGUGAGCAAAAAUCCCAGAACCACACGGGGGGACCUAGUGAAUGACCUGCAGAGAGCUGGGACCAAAGUAACAAAGCCUACCAUCAGUAACACACUACGCCGCCAGGGACUCAAAUCCUGCAGUGCCAGACGUGUCCCCCUGCUUAAGCCAGUACAUGUCCAGGCCCGUCUGAAGUUUGCUAGAGUGCAUUUGGAUGAUCCAGAAGAGGAUUGGGAGAAUGUCAUAUGGUCAGAUGAAACCAAAAUAUAACUUUUUGGUAAAAACUCAACUCGUCGUGUCUUUCAGCAUGACAAUGAUCCCAAACACACCGCCCGGGCAACGAAGGAGUGGCUUCGUAAGAAGCAUUUCAAGGUCCUGGAGUGGCCUAGCCAGUCUCCAGAUCUCAACCCCAUAGAAAAUCUUUGGAGGGAGUUGAAAGUCCGUGUUGCCCAGCGACAGCCCCAAAACAUCACUGCUCUAGAGGAGAUCUGCAUCUGCAGGAAUGGGCCAAAAUACCAGCAACAGUGUGUGAAAACCUUGUGAAGACUUACAGAAAACGUUUGACCUGUGUCAUUGCCAACAAAGGGUAUAUAACAAAGUAUUGAGAAACUUUUGUUAUUGACCAAAUACUUAUUUUCCACCAUAAUUUGCAAAUAAAUUCAUUAAAAAUCCUACAAUGUGAUUUUCUGGAUUUUUUUUCUCAUUUUGUCUGUCAUAGUUGACGUGUACCUAUGAUGAAAAUUACAGGCCUCUCUCAUCUUUUUAAGUGGGAGAACUUGCACAAUUGGUGGCUGACUACAUACUUUUUUUCCCCACUGUACAUGGCACGAUCACUGUCAAUGUGUAGAUAUCACACUUCAAAUGGGCCUGAACUCAGUGAUACUGUGCUUUAUAGGCCUUCACUCACCAAUGUCAUUAUGAUACAGACAUAACCCUUUAUCAAAUCACAUUUUAUUUGUCACAUACACGUGUUUAGCAGAUGUUAUUGCGGGUGUAGAGAAAUGCUUGUGCUUCUAGCUCCGACAGUGCAGUAAUAUCUAACAAGUAACAUCGAACAAUUUCACAACAUACAGUGAGGGAAAAAAGUAUUUGAUCCCCUGCUGAUUUUGUACAUUUGCCCACUGACAAAGAAAUGAUCAGUCUAUAAUUUUAAUGGUAGGUUUAUUUGAACAGUGAGAGACAGAAUAACAACAACAAAAUCCAGAAAAACGCAUGUCAAAAAUGUUAUAAAUUGAUUUGCAUUUUAAUGAGGGAAAUAAGUAUUUGACCCCCUCUCAAUCAGAAAGAUUUCUGGCUCCCAGGUGUCUUUUAUACAGGUAACGAGCUGAGAUUAGGAGCACACUCUUAAAGGGAGUGCUCCUAAUCUCAGCUUGUUACCUGUAUAAAAGACACCUGUCCACAGAAGCAAUCAAUCAAUCAGAUUCCAAACUCUCCACCAUGGCCAAUACCAAAGAGCUCUCCAAGGAUGUCAGGGACAAGAUUGUAGACCUACACAAGGCUGGAAUGGGCUACAAGACCAUCGCCAAGCAGCUUGGUGAGAAGGUGACAACAGGUGCGAUUAUUCACAAAUGGAAGAAACACAAAAUAACUGUCAAUCUCCCUCGGCCUGGGGCUCCAUGCAAGAUCUCACCUCGUGGAGUUGCAAUGAUCAUGAGAACGGUGAGGAAUCAGCCCAGAACUACACAGGAGGAUCUUGUCAAUGAUCUCAAGGCAGCUGGGACCAUAGUCACCAAGAAAACAAUUGGUAACACACUACGCCGUGAAGGACUGAAAUCCUGCAGCGCCUGCAAGGUCCCCCUGCUCAAGAAAGCACAUAUACAUGCCCGUCUGAAGUUUGCCAAUGAACAUCUGAAUGAUUCAGAGGAGAACUGUGUGAAAGUGUUGUGGUCAGAUGAGACCAAAAUAGAGCUCUUUGGCAUCAACUCAACUCGCCGUGUUUGGAGGAGGAGGAAUGCUGCCUAUGACCCCAAGAACACCAUCCCCACCGUCAAACAUGGAGGUGGAAACAUUAUGCUUUGGGGUGUUUUUCUGCUAAGGGGACAGGACAACUUCACCGCAUCAAAGGGACGAUGGACGGGGCCAUGUACCGUCAAAUCUUGGGUGAGAACCUCCUUCCCUCAGCCAGGGCAUUGAAAAUGGGUCGUAGAUGGGUAUUCCAGCAUGACAAUGACCCAAAACACACGGCCAAGGCAACAAAGGAGUGGCUCAAGAAGAAGCACAUUAAGGUCCUGGAGUGGCCUAGCCAGUCCAGACCUUAAUCCCAUAGAAAAUCUGUGGAGGGAGCUGAAGGUUCGAGUUGCCAAACGUCAGCCUCGAAACCUUAAUGACUUGGAGAAGAUCUGCAAAGAGGAGUGGAACAAAAUCCCUCCUGAGAUGUGUGCAAACCUGGUGGCCAACCACAAGAAACGUCUGACCUCUGUGAUUGCCAACAAGGGUUUUGCCACCAAGUACUAAGUCAUGUUUUGCAGAGGGGUCAAAUACUUAUUUCCCUCAUUAAAAUGCAUAUCAAUUUAUAACAUUUUUGACAUGCGUUUUUCUGGAUUUUGUUGUUGUUAUUCUGUCUCUCACUGUUCAAAUAAACCUACCAUUAAAAUUAUAGACUGAUCAUGUCUUUGUCAGUGGGCAAACGUACAAAAUCAGCAGGGGAUCAUAUACUUUUUUCCCCAACACACAAAUCUAAGUAAGGAAUGGAAUUUAAGAAUAUAUACAUAUAUGGACAAGCAAUGACAGAGCGGCAUGGAUAUUAUAGAAUACAGUAUAUACAUAUGAGAUGAGUAAUGCAAGAUAUGUAAACAUUAUUAUUAAAGUGGCCAGUGAUUUCAAUAGGCAGCAGCAGCCUCUAAUGUGCUAGUGAUGGCUUUUUAACAGUCUGAUGGCCUUGAGAUAGAAGCUGUUUUUCAUUCUCUCUGUCCCAGCUUUGAUGCACCUGUACUGACCUCGCCUUCUGGAUGAUAGUGGGGUGAACAGGCAGUGGCUCGGGUGGUUGAUGUCCUUGAUGAUCAUUUUGGCCUUCCUGUGACAUCGGGUGCUGUAGGUCUCCUGGAGGGCGGGUAGUUUACCCCGGGUAAUACGUUUGGCAGAACGCACCACCCUCUGGAGAGCCCUGCGGUUGCAGGCGGUGCAGUUGCCGUACCAGGCGGUGAUACAGCCCGACAGGAUGCUCUCAAUUGUGCAUCUAAAAGUUUGUGAGGGUUUUAGGUGCCAAGCCACAUUUCUUCAGUCUCCUGAGGUUGAAGAGGCUCUGUUGCGCCUUCUUCACCACACUGUCUGCGUGGGUGGACCAUUUCAGUUUGUCAGUGAUGUGUACGCCAAGGAACUUGAAGCUUCCACCUUCUCCACUGUGGUCCCGUCGAUGUGGAUAGGGGGGUGCACCCUCUGCUGUUUCCUGAAGUCCACGAUCAUCUCCUUUGUUUUAUUUUGUUGAGUGAGAGGUUAUUUUCCUGGCACCACACUCCGAGACUCACCUCCUCCCUGUAGGCUGUCUCGUCAUUGUUGGUAAUCAAGACUACUGAUGAUUGAGUUGGAGGCGUGCUUGGCCACACAGUCAUGGGUGAACAGGGAGUACAGGAGGGGGCUGAGCACGCACCCUUGUGGGGCCCCAGUGUUGAGGAUCAGCGAAGUGGAGAUGUUGUUUCCUACCUUCACCACCUGGGGGCGGCCCGUCAGGAAGUCCAGGACCCAGUUGCACAGGGCGGGGUUCAGACCCAGGGCCUCGAGCUUAAUGAUGAGCUUGGAGGGUACUAUGGUGUUGAAUGCUGAGCUAUAGUCAAUGAACAACAUUCUUACAUAGGUAUUCCUCUUGUCCAGAUGGGAUAGGGAAGUGUGAUGGCGAUUGCAUCGUCUGUGGAUCUAUUGGGGCGGUAAGCAAAUUGAAGUGGGUCUAGGGUUACAGGUAAGGUAGAGGUGAUAUGAUCCUUGACUAGUCUCUUAAAGCACUUCAUGAUGACAGAGAUGAGUGCUACGGGGCGAUAGUCAUUUAGUUCAGUUGCCUUUGCUUUCUUGAGUACAGGAACAAUGGUGGCCUUGAAGCAUGUGGGGACAGCAGACUGGGAUAGGGAGAGAUUGAAUAUGUCCGUAAAUACACCAGCCAGCUGGUCUGUUCAUGCUCUGUAUCAUGUGUUUAUACAGUUUAACACAUGAUACAAAUCUCCAUAAACAUUUAAUACAGUAUCUACACCGGCACUCUUUUAAGUCUUUCAAAUCCCACACCUCCCCCCUAUUUCCACUUCGUCACCUUUUCCCCACAGGUUCGGGGACGGCUACACGAUCGUCCUGCGCCUGUCGGGGACCAAUCCACCCAAGCCUCCCGAGGACCCGUGCCCGGUGGACACCUACAUCAAGGGCUCCUUCCCGGGCAUCGAGCUAAAGGAGAGGCACCAGAACGUGCUGCAGUACCAGCUGCCCUCCAACGCCUGCUCCUUGGCGCGGGUCUUCGAUGUGCUUUCCAACAACCACGAGGAGCUGGGCAUUGCCGACUACUCAGUGUCACAGACCACCCUGGACCAGGUAGAGGUCAUUCAGGGGUCAGUCACGUGGGAUGGUUAAAGGUUGAGGCUGGGGGGUUUCCUUCAUAGAAUCAGUAGCAAAGACUCCAAUGUGGUUAUGUGGGGAGAGGAGGAAGGGAAGAGGUAGGUUAUAAAAUGUCAGAUUACACUGAAGAGGCUAGCAGUUGUUUGCCAAAAUAAGGGAAACACCGACAUAAAGCAUCUUAAUAGGGCGUUGGUCCACCACGAGCCGCCUGAACAGCUUCAAUGCGCCUAGAUUGGCAUAGAUUCUACAAGUGUCUGGAACUCUAUUGGAGGGAUACAACACCAUCUUUCCACAAGAAAUUCCAUACGUUUUGUUGAUGGUGGUGGAAAACGCUGUCUCAGGUGCCGCUCCAGAAUCUCCCAUAAGUGUUCAAUUGGGUUAAAAUCUGGUGACUGAGACACACACACACACCUUUUAAACCCCCUAUGCUCCUUUGAGAUCCCUCUUUUUAAAGUCACUGAGAUCUCUUCUGCUAGCCAUGGUUAGAGAUCUGUAUAAAAUGACGAGACGCUCAUGUCUUGUCCCAAAGGCGGGAUGGCAGGUGAGACGCAUAGGUCCAAAAUAAGCCCAUAGAAACACAUUGGCUGAUUUUGGCGAGAUUGAAACCUCUCGCUUCGCCUCUUCAUCUCUACCAUGGUAGCCAAAAUAAUGGACAUUUUUAUAGAUAAAUAAUAUUAUAGAUGAUCCUAAGCAUGAUGGGAUGUUAAUUGCUUAAUUAACUCAGGAACCACACCUGUGUGGAAGCACCUGCCUUCAAUAUACUUUGUAUCCCUUAUUUACUCAAGUGUUUCCUUUAUUUUGGUAGUUACCUGUAUAACACUUCAGAAUUCAUUUUCUACUCAUUCACUGUGAGGCACUUAAACAGGGCACUUCUCCUUCCCUCCAAGCACCUACUUCCAUUUGCAUCUUAUCUUAAACCAUGCCCCUGUGUUAACCCUUCGAUGUGUGUGCAUUAUCUCCUCUCCCCCACCCUGCAGGUGUUUGUCAACUUUGCCAAGGAGCAGAGCGAUGAAGACCGGCUGAGGGAAGUGACGGUCAAUGGUGGGACACCAGCACCUCAACCCAGAAGAGUGGCCCAGCCCACCCAACUAGGGCAGACAGCCAAACCAGCCCAAACAACCAAGCCUCCCCAGUCUGUCAAGUCCUCAGACGGCAGACCCAGAGAGACCAAACCAAACGGGGUCACGGACAGUGGCAUGGCGAUGACAAGCAGGCCACAGGAGAAGCCCGAGUCGAGCAGGGGAUCGAGCAGGGGAUCGAGCAGGGGAGAGAGCAGGGGAGAGAGCAGGGGAGAGAGCAGGAGAGAGUCGAGUAGUAGGAGGUCAAGCAGGGAAUCGUCCGCCAACGGAUCCAAGGGCACAAGGGAGACUUCAGGCAAUAAGGAUCCGACCAGUCUGUUCCUAGUGGGUAGCAACACACAAGACAGCAGUGUG